AUGUCAGAAUUGAUGAAAGAAUACCCUGCUUCUUACGUUGGCUGCAAUCUCGACAUUCCCAAAAGCAACUGCACCCUAGACACAUGCUGUCUCGCACAGUCCUAUUUCCUGUAUCGACCGACAUAUCCAGGCAACCUGUUCUUCGCCGCCUUCUUCGCCAUUCUCAUCAUACCACAAAUAUGGCUUUGCGUCAAAUACAGAACCUGGGGCUUUGGCAUAGGCAUGCUUUUAAGCCUCUUGCUGGAAGCAGUCGGAUACCUAGCAAGAAUCGGUCUCCAUGCCGACCCCUUCUCCAAUGGAUCAUUCCUGAUGUAUCUCAUCGCCCUUACUAUUGCGCCAGUCUUCAUCACCGCCGCGAUCUAUCUUUGCCUUAGUCGCAUAAUCGUCGUCUACGGCGAGCACCUUUCUCCCUUCAGGCCACGGACGAUAGCGAUCGCGUUCAUGUCGUCGGACUUUCUUUCACUGAUACUUCAGGCAGUCGGAGGCGCAUGGGCAGAGUCGAAAACACAGAGUGGUGAGGACAACCAAGGUGGGGUCAAUAUCAUGAUUGCCGGCCUCUUGCUACAAGCCAUCAGCCUCGCCAUAUUCGUCGGUAUCUGGGCAUGGUUCCAGUUGAGAGUACUUCGAGGCGUACCGACACACGACCCGGCGAAGGUGUAUACUCGGCAGCGAGCUUUCUUCUACGCGUUCAACGCAGGGCUGUUAGUGGCGACUGCUGGCAUUGUUGUACGGUCGAUAUAUCGUGUGGCGGAGCUGUGGGGCGGCUUCAGCGGCAAGCUUUGGAACGAUGAGGUUGAUUUCAUGAUUCUGGAUGGCGCCAUGAUCGGGCUGGCAGCGCUUCUGUUGACAGUGCUACAUCCUGGCGCUGCGUUUGGCGACAGCGUCCUGCAGUACGCGUAUUUUGGACCGCUGAGCAAGUUCCCUGGACCGAAGUCGCGAGGGCUGUCAAACUUGCCCUAUAUCUGGACAAUCCUCCGAGGUACAGAGGGGACGGAACUCCCACAGCUCCACGAGAAGUAUGGCCCCGUGGUCAGGAUAGCACCGGACCAUCUCUCGUUCAAUGGCGGAGCGUCGGCUUGGAAGGAUAUCUAUGGGUUCAAGAAGAACGUUUGCAAAGAUCCAUUCUUCUAUAGCAAGCCAUUCAACGGUGUUGCCUCCAUCGUCACCGCAGAUAAUGAGAAUCAUGCCCGUCAGAGGAAGAACUCUCGAGGUCGCAGCGCCAUAGCGGGCGGUCAUGUGUCCGGCUGGGUGGAGGAUUGAAGAAUGCGACUGUUUCAUGACAGAGCACCACUAGAACGCCACGAUACGAUGGCGCGAUUUACACCGAGAACUCCUCUUCUCGUGUUGUGGUGGAAGCGGAGUGAGAAGGUUCAGCCACCUGCAGGGGGCGGCAAGCGCAAGCGCCUGAUCAGGGGUCGGCUAGGCUGAGUCGCUCGCACGCGUGCGACUCAAUUUAACCCCCAAUUUAGGUGCGAUUAUUAUUAGCUCUCAGGCAUAACUCUU